AGAAAAUGGGCCGCAGUAUGACGGGCAGAACGAGAGACGACGUGGGCUCGCCCAUUGUCAUUGCUACUAGUGUGCUUGGUCUUCUCUACUGGUGCCUAGGUAUCCUGGCGCAUGCUGCAGGAACCCAGUUGCGAUUCCCGUUCCGUGCGAUGUCCGUCGCUUCGCUCGCACGACGCUCGCAAAUCAAAUUAAAAAAUUAACAAAAAUUGUUCACAACAGCACAGGCACAGUGUUGUUUUUCAAUACUGGAAACUAACUGGUUUUUAUCGAUGAACGUGUCGUGCUUGGUUAGAUAUCGAUUGCUUCUGUAGAAGCUGAUGGUAGAAUCAGCUGAUUUACAUAAACCUAUCGGAACUCUGCAAUAAAUUGGUUUAUUUUUGUUUACCUGUCCUUUUAUCAAUGAUAAGAGAAAUGUCCAACCACGAUAUCAAGCUGGAGGUCUGCGUGGACUCCAUACGAUCGGCUUUUGCCGCCGAGGAAGGCGGAGCUUCACGCAUUGAACUGUGUUCGGCAUUGGGCGAAGGUGGCUUGACACCCAGCAUCGGUACCCUAAAAACUAUUAAGGAAACGCUCACAAUGCCCAUUUACUGCAUGCUGAGGCCACGGCGGGGCACCGACUUUGUCUACAGCGACGAGGAGAUGUGCGCCCUGCUCACGGACAUGGACUUGCUGCGGGAAAACGGUGCCGAUGGCUUCGUUUUCGGAUCCCUGAAUCCGGAUCGCAGCAUCAACGUGGAUCAGUGUCGGCACGUUUUGCUGGCGUCCGGUGGUCUGCCAGUGACCUUUCACCGCGCCUUCGACCUCACCGACCAGAAGUCCAUGGACGAGAAUGUCGACAUGUUGCGGGAACUAGGUUUCCGACGUCUGCUGAGCAGCGGAUUCCGACCCACGGCUGCCGAUGGCGUAGAUUGCCUGGCACAGCUGAUAGCCAAACAUCAAAGAGACUUUAUAGUUAUGCCCGGCGCCGGCAUAAAGGUGUCCAACCUGGAGGAGAUCCUCACGGUCAGUCGCUGCCUAGAGUUUCACGCUUCCGCCCUGGACACGGCUGGCGAGGACUACGUGGCGCCCACCACCACGCGAAUGGAGUGUGACGUGACCAUGGGCAAACAGGACGUGGACCCCUACUACGGAACCAACUCCAUCGUGGUGCGAAAGAUGGUUACCAUUGCGAAAGCGAUGAGCUCCCGCUGAAAAUCAUAGUACUUAACCUAUCCCUAAGACUUAAAUUAUUCCUUAACUGUUUGUUUACAUCAUAUAUAACUAGUAUAUACCUUUUACUUAAGUAGUCUUAUCCCUAAAAUUCUAAAUUCUAAAAAAUAAUCCAAAUUUGAUUUGAUUUGAUUGUGCUGAAACAACAUGAUUGUGGAGAUAGUAGAGAAUCCUGCUGCUCUAGAACAUAAUUCUUUUAAUGAUCACUUAAAUAAUGCAGAAAGGGUAUUGCAUAGAAUAGAAGCAUACAAUGUAAAGCUAAAUAAUCAUAUGAGGAGAUUGAAAGAACUGCUGGCCAACAAUAGAAGAUUGAUUUCGGGGCUAUCGUACAAUGAGCACAGCAUUAAAUCUUUAUUGGAAAACAAAGCUCAAGAUAAACAAAUAGAGUAAGCUAAAGAAGGAAAUAUGAACUCGGUUAUAAACUAAUAUAUUUUUAGGCGAAAUUCAAGUAAAAGAAGGUGUCAUCUUCGUAGGACUUGCAAGGCGACCAACAUCAGAGAGGCAUGUUGGACGCAAUGCAAGUCUCACAUGGAGCCUGAAGAGGAAGAGCAAACCCAAGACGUGGUGGAGAUCCAAACGAAAACACAAACAUCUAGAAGCCGUUCCGGAAAAGUAUGUGAACGGCAGAAAGGUGGUAGGGAGCUGAGUUCAUAUUACGAGCUAAGUGAGGAGAUUGGUUUCAAAGGUAGGUUUUUAUCAAUUUCUGAGAUCUCUUUCUUGAAAUCCAAGUAUAUCCCAAGUGAAAUGCAUGCUAAAGCUUGUCGAAAAGAUGGAUUUCAAAACGGCCACAAUUGCCGAAGUGAAAACCAUUCGCAGAAGGGUGUUAAGUGCAAUAUCAAGUCGCCAAAAAAACCUGCAGUGAGCCAGAAGGAGUUUGGUCGCAUCUGAUAUGUAUGUCGAAAAAUCCGUAUUCCUACAAAUAGGCAAAUUGAAUGAAAUAAAUUGAAAACUCUUUUCAAAAUAAUGAC